GACGCGAGGGCGGUGCUGAGCGGCCUGCUCCAGCUGGAGCCCGGCGGCCGGUCGGGCCUCGAGCUCGUCCAGGGCCACCGGUGGCUGCAGCCGCGUGCCGACGGGCCGCAGGCCCCGGCCACGAGCCCCGCAGGCGGCGACGCUGCCCCGCGGGGCGACGCCAGCGACGUCCGAGGCCAGCCGCCCAAGCGCCAGCGCACCAGCGGCCCCGACGCGGCCGCCGCCGCCGGCGCGGCGGCCGAGGAGGAGGAGGAGGAGCGGCGGCGGGGCGGCGGGGCGGCCGCCGCAGAGACCGGG